AUGGUCGCCGGCGAAGGACCAAACGGCGGUGGAAGCAAGCCAUGGCAGGAGGACAUUUACUGGACCCAUUUCCAGUUCAUCCAUUUCACCCAAUUUCUGCACGACGAUUUUCAACAACAGCUUGCACUUCCUAAAACAUUUUCUGACAAUUUAAAGAAGAAAUUGCCAGAAAAUGUGGUCCUUAAAGGUCCUAGUGGAGUUGUGUGGAAUAUAGGGCUGGUAAUUAGAGAUGAUUCUGUUUACUUUGUGAACGGUUGGGAACGAUUUGUGAAGGAUCACUCUUUGAAAGAGAAUGAUUUCCUUGUCUUUAAGUACAAUGGUGAAUCACUCUUUGAGGUUUUAGUCUUUGAUGGAAACAGUUUCUGUGAGAAGGCAGCUUCUUAUUUUGUUGGAAAAUGCGGACCUGCUCAAACUGAACAAGGUGGUAGCAAGGCAAAGGACAACAGCAAUUCUGUUGAAGAAGUCAAUACUGCUUCUAAUGGGGGUGUUACUGUUGAGUGUGGUUCAACUGAGAAACUUCGGCAUCUUAAGAAAGUAGGAGCACCAUUAGCUGUACCUUUUGAAACUGCCAACGGAAAGACUUCCAAUGCUGGCGUAAGAACUGAUUCCCCUGAGCUGUUCGCGGCGGAUGCAGCCACUAAGACCACACCUGUAGUAGUUCCCUUCCAAUCAGCUGGAAAAAGGCCUAAGAAGCCUGUUAAUGAAGUUACGCCUGUCGUCCAUACUAAGAAGCGAGGAAGACCACCUAAAGUAGAUAGUUCUUCCGAGACAAUACGUGAUUUGGUGGCUUAUAGCAGGGAACACUCAGAUAGCAAGGGAAAAGAUGUUGAUGGUCAUGAUGAAAUUCAAGGUGGAAGCUGA